AUGCAUUUUGCAUCACUCCUCUUCCUCGCUAUAGCGAACACAACAUUUGCCAAAUCCUCUACAGGAUGCAAGAAAGAACUCCCACCCGCCUUCCCCAAUCCAGGAAAAAGCACACCUCUCAACCUCCCAGGCACAGACCGCGACUACCGUCUUUACAUUCCCCGCAACUACGACCACAAUAAUCCAACACCCCUUUACAUAUCCCUCCAUGGAGCAAACAGAAACAUGGAUGAACAAGAACGUCUUUCCCAAUUCUCCAAUCCACUAUUCAACCCAGAUGGUAUAGCCGUCUACCCGAACAGCAGAAACGGCUACUGGCUCUCAAACCCCAAAGCACAUACAUCCCGACCAAACGAUCUAGAUUAUAUGUACGACCUCAUCACACACCUGGAGGAUAAACUCUGCAUAGACACGAACAGAAUCUACGCAGCCGGAAAAUCAAACGGGGCUGGAUUUGCAGGUGUCAUGGCCUGCAACGCUACCGUCGGCUCCAAAAUCGCCGCUUUCGCCUCUGUCAGCGGUGGAUAUUACAAUAUAUCCGAUAUUCCCGGUUUAGGACCUUGUUCGCCCGCACCUAGGGAUGAGGGAUACCCGUUUCUGGAGUUCCACGGUACAAAGGAUACGACCUCUCCUUAUGAUGGAGGGGGUCGUGAUGACAAGCGGCCCGUUAUCGAUGUUCUGGAGGAGUGGGCGGGGCGGAAUGGCUGUCCAAAGGAUGCGGAGUGGAGCAGCAAUGUGACUGUUUUUGAACAUCCGCUAGUCAAACAUGCUAGUUGGGAUUGCGGUGGAAAGAAGGGGAUUGUGCAGCAUUAUCGUGAGGGAGAUUGGGGGCAUUGUUGGGCUAGUACCGUGCCGAAUGGUGAUACCGAGGCAUUUUGGAAGCAGUGCUCCUUGGGGAAGUAUGUUUUCAAUGCCACAGAAAUUAUUUUUGAUUUCUUUAGUGGGUAUCAGUUGAAGGAGUAA